CCAAUUUAUUGUGGCUUUACAGACUGAUAAGUCUAAUAAGUGCGUCUAAAACCCUCCGGCCUCCACACAUCUGCUUCCGGCCAAUCAUUCCCUCGGACGCCGCCGUAGGCACCUCCUGUAUCCGUCGUCUUGUCAGAAUCCGGUAACGCAGUAAAUUGAUAAAAAUGGAUUCUGUUGCUCCUGCGAUUGAAAAAGAUGCCCAAAAAACUAUUCCAUCUCCAUGGGAAUUCAGCUGUGAUUUGGAAGUAGAUUAUAAGUCUGAUGAAAAUGCUGGCAUAGUAUAUUCAACGCUAGCUGUUGACAAGGAGCUCCAACCAGAUAAAGUCAAGCGGCUGAUGUCAGUGUCUGAUGGGAAACUUUCAGUGCAUUUUGAAGCAGUUGAAGCAAGAUUUCUUCGUGCAUCAUAUAGCGCCUUUAUGGAUGCCUUAACUCUAGCCACAAAAACAAUCGAACAAUUUGGUGAUCUUGAGCAUCAAAACAUCUAGUGUUAUUAUACUUGUUGGAUUUUGGUUGUUGUAACAUUAUGAUAUCUGGAUUUCGGAGACAUUUUUUGUGUGUAACAUUGAUUAAACAUUAUGUUAUAUAAUGAUGAUGAGAAUUUAGAAACCUAA